AUGAAUACACUGACAUACACACAACAGGCAGACUACACAGGAGGAUCAGAGAGAAAGAAAGAGACAUAAGAAGAAAGUAUUUCUUCAUGGGCAAUCAUGAGGUUGUGUGUGUUUAGGCUGCACACCCAUCAGUGGUGCUUCCUGCUCUGUAAUGUCGUGCUGUUCCACGCCUUGCUGUUUGGUGGUGACAUCGUAGAAGAAUUCCUCCUCCAGUCUUCUCCCACCGCCUACACAGACCGAGCGGUGCUCGAAAUACGCGAACGGGCACGCAAACUGUACCUGAGCGAAACCACACCCAACUCCUCCCACCUGUACCCAAUUACCUCCGGUCCUUGCCUGCAUCACCAGGACCUUCUAUUUCUUACUGUCGUUUUCAGCGGGUCAGGAAACGCCAGUCGGAGAGAGGCGAUCCGGAGGUCAUGGGGGAAUCAGACGUCGGUGCAGGAUGUGGCCGUGCGGACUGUAUUUUUUCUGAACCCAGCUGUCUCGGAGAGGGAACAUGAGGCAGUUUGGGCAGAAUCAGUGCAGCAUGGUGAUGUUGUGCAGUGCGCUGGGCCAUCAUCGCGUGAUCACUGGGGUCGGGUGAAACUAGCAUUGCGCUGGGUUCUGCUUUUUUGUCCUAAUGCACGAUUUAUAGUUUUGGCAGAGGAUACGGUUUUUCUGAACGUGCCAGCGCUGGGCGUCUACCUGCUUACACUGCGUACACACUCUGAGGACCUGUACCUCGGAAGGGUCAUCCAUCGUGCCUCACCUGAACGAAAACACAACAAACCCCAGUACAUGUCUUUACACCUUUACCCAGACAGGUUUCUACCGGAUUAUUGCUCGGGUCCUGUGUUUUUAAUGUCGCAGGACGUCGUGCGCAAGGUCUAUGUAGCCUCUGAGGACGUCACUCUGCCCCUGCCUUCAGACGUCAUGGUCGGCCUGGGCGCAAAACGGGCCGGAGUCGUGGCCACUCACAGCGCACGCUUCUCCGGAGACCGACAUGUACACUACAACCCCUGCUGCUACAACUUUCUCUUCAGCUCGGCCUCAGUAGGUGCAGAGCAGAUGAUCACAGCCUGGAAGGAUUUGGGGAAGGGGAAAGGGCGGGACUGUAGCAUGUUAGAAACUUAUUACAGUUUGGUAGCAUGCAAAACCAUGACUUACCUUGACAAGCUCAGCUUUUUCACCACCAACAACACACAAGAGUAA